AUGAACAAUUUGCUCUCCAAACUCCUCAACAAAGCAGUGGUGAAUAGAAGUAUUGGCUGUCACGCUAUGUGCAGUGUUGUCAACCUCACGCACCUAAGCUUCGCCGACGAUAUUGUUGUUUUUACUGAUGGGUCACCUGCUUCACUCAAUGGAAUUCUGGCAGUGUUUCAGGAAUUUGCUCGGAUGUCUAGACUGCGGAUAACUAUGGCCAAAUCUACUGUCUUUGCGGCGGGAAGAGGUAAACUGGUCCUGGAAGCUGCUGCAGGAGCAGCUGGCCUCUCAGUAUCAGCUCUUCAAAUUAAGUACUUGGGUCUGCCUCUCACAACAAAGACAAUGAUACACAAUGAUUAUGAGCCUCUACUGGUGAAGAUUCAGAAUAGGUUACUGAGUUAG